AGGCUUUCAGCAACCAGGACCGGUAGUUUAGGCUAAAAAAAAAAAAAGAAUAGUAAAGAGCGACUGAAGCGGCAGGUGUUGACUUUUAGGAGUGCAUCUACUUGCAAGGUACUUUCCUUGAGGUUUCGUGAGUGAAAUGGAGGGGAGCAGUUUUAAUGAAGUCCAGCGGGAGUUGGAGUCUGUGGAGGCAGAGCUGGAGGUGGUGGAGCUGCAAAUAUCUGAGCUGCUUGAGCAGCAGUCAAACCUGAACUCCAGGAAGAGUGAGCUGCUGAAGAAACUUGAGCGUGAAUGUGAUUCAGCCCAACCCUCAGGCUCUGCCCACCCAAAAGCAUCAAGCAGCACUAAGGAGAAUCUGAAGCGUUAUGAAGGGACAGAUUUUCCGUGGUCGACGGAAGUGCAGCUGCAGCUGUCAGAGGUGUUCCACCUCUCGAAAUUCCGUCCACUCCAGCUGAAGGCGAUCAACCUUACCAUGUCUGGGAAGGAUGUCUUCUUGGUCAUGCCUACGGGUGGCGGGAAGAGCCUGUGCUACCAGCUGCCAUCUGUCUGCUCCAAAGGUUUCACUCUCGUGAUUGCGCCAUUGGUCUCUCUCAUGGAAGAUCAGCUCAUGUACCUGAAGUCCAUCAACGUUUAUGCGGUCACACUUAAUGCCUCUAGUAAAAAGGAACACGCCAAAUGGGUUCUGGCUUCCAUGACGGAAAAGGCAACGCCGUUCCGGCUGCUAUAUGUGACCCCAGAGAAAAUUGCCAAGAGCAAACUCUUGAUGUCCAAGCUGGAGAAGGCCUACAAGGCGGGCAAGCUGGAGCGCAUCGCUGUGGAUGAGGUGCACUGCUGCAGCCAGUGGGGUCACGACUUCAGGCCUGACUACAAGCUGCUGGGAAUCCUGAAGAGGCAGUUUCCCAGUGUUCCUCUCAUUGGGUUGACAGCCACGGCCACAAGCGGGGUACUGAAGGACUGCCAGAAGAUUCUUAGCAUCCCUGAUCCUGUAACACUUACAGCUUCUUUCAACCGACCUAACCUUUACUAUGAGGUACGGAUCAAAGAAGCAAGCCAUGAAGAUUCUACCACUGAUAUUGUUGCACUGAUCAAUGGGAGAUAUAAAGGCCAGUCAGGGAUCAUCUACGUAUUUUCCCAGAAGGAUGCAGAGGUAUUAUCGACAGACAUGCAGAAGAAGGGCAUCGCAGCCCAGCCAUACCAUGCCAAUAUGGAGCCAGAGGAUAAAUCCCGUGUGCACCUCCAUUGGACAACCAACAAGAUUCAGGUGGUGGUGGCUACAGUGGCUUUUGGGAUGGGCAUUGACAAACCAGAUGUCAGGUUUGUAAUACACCACUCCCUCAGCAAGUCCAUAGAGAACUACUACCAGGAGAGUGGCCGUGCAGGGCGUGAUGACAAGCCAGCGGACUGCAUCUUGUACUUCGGUUUUGCCGAUAUCUUUAGGAUCAGUACCAUGGUUGUCAUGGAGAAUGUGGGCCAACAGAAGCUCCUUCAAAUGGUUGCUUACUGCCAGACUUUGGACAGGUGCCGGCGUAUGGUGCUGGCAGGCCAUUUUGAUGAGGUUUGGGAUGAUGACGACUGCAACCAAAUGUGUGACAUCUGUCGCCAUGGUAAUGACUGUGUCACCGUUGACAUCACUCAGCAUGCUCGUGAAGCAGUGCAGAUUGUGGAGAUGGCCAACACUAUGGAUGAAAAGAUGACCCCCCUGAAAGUGAUAGAAGCCUGGAUGGGAAAGGGUCCUGCCAAACGGCGUAAGAUGAUCCAGGCCACUGCCCUGUCACGUCUGGAGGUGGAAGCUAUCCUCAUCCAUCUCCUGUUGCAGGGGUACUUCAGUGAAGACUUCAGCUUCACCCCAUACACUACCUACUUCUACUUGAAGCUUGGUCGCAAGGCAGCACUGCUGAAGAAUGAAAAGCAUACUGUGACCAUGAAGAUGAAGAGGACCCUGCCUGUCACUAAGCCAGAGCAGCCUAUGAAGGGAGCCAUGUCCAACGGGAGCGGAGAUAGGAAUAGAGCACAGGGAAAGCCGAAAGGAGGAAAGAGGCCCGGGCCUGGGGACACUGCCCGACUCAACCCCAUUCCCAAGAGAGUCAAGGAAGAUGUUCUCUGAUGCUCUCACCCACAAGACGACCCAAGAAGAGGACGUUGACCCUCCAGCAACAGUUAUGGCCAUAUUCUCCAGGGACCACAUUUCACACACAAAUGAGAAAUUCACCA